UGCUAAAAUGGCUCAUAACAAUACAACUUCAGAAUGAAUACCAAAACUCAUGAAAAUACAAAACAGUUAAGAAAAGGGGAUGAAAUUACUUCAACUCUACUGCUGUUAGAGUUCAUAGUGUUGGAAUAUGACUUUAUAUUUAGAUUUAUAUUAUUCAUGAAUUUCCAAUCUAAUUUUCCAACACCUGUAAAGGUUGACUCCAGCCCAUUCUCCUUCCCUGGGAGUCAAUCUAUCUUAACAGAUAGCCUGAAAUAAGAGACUGUCAGAGAAUAUAUUUUACAAAGAACUUAAGUUUCCAGUUUGUAUAAAUAAUCAUGUCAUUCUGUCAAUGUCUUUUCAUUUAUGGAAGUGUUACAGUUAAGGAAGGCUGUGUUAACAUGUGUUACAUAUUUUUCUUUUUUUUAUAAGUUUACAUUUGGGCCACCAAAUUUUGGGGCUUGGUGGCAAAUGGGGCCAGUGCCUAAAGAUAUUAGCGUCUAUAUCUGGGCACCCUUCAGUCAGUGUCUAUAUGCGCUUUAAACUGUAAACCUUUCUGCUCAUAUUACAUGCUCAGAGCAAGUUAUCCAGAAGUAAGAGUGACAAAGUCCACGUAAGGAGGAGGACGGGGUGGUGGAUGGGUCAAACAUCACAGGAGUUUCACCUAGAAGACAGCUUUUCGUGGCCCGUGUCCUGUGCAUCACUUUCCCACACUCAAUCUUUUCCUAAAUCUAACUUAGUGGUUGUACAUUUAGUUUUGUUUGAAUUCACAUUAACAACGUGUUCCCUGUGUUUAAAACAGCAACCGUAGCAGUGAGUGUGUAAGACCUGGAGCCGCUUGCACCAACUGGUCUUUACUAAGCCUGGUCCUUUCUGCUAAGUUAGUGUUUGUUGAGACCAGUCUUUAGAAUUGACUUCACCUCGAUUGCACCAACCAAACUUAAGUGAUGCGUGAUCAUGGGAAUGACAACAGAACUAUGGCUUUUUGACUAGCAACGUGCGCUGCUAGGAUACGUUAUAAACGAUUUCCCUCUGUUUUGUAAAGUUGUAGCAAUUUCAAUGGAGGAUCAAAGAAUAAGAAAAAGCAAUUUCACUGACAUUGAGAGAAGAAAAUGUAUAGAGCUGUACAGUCAGAACAGACAUAUGUUGACUGCCAAGCAGUCCAACAUUAUAACACACAAAAACAAACAACAUGGAGACAGAUAAUGGAGGCCAUCAACGAUUGCUCUGACCCAGGUAGACUUCAUACAGAGAGCGAUAUAUGUGAAAAAAGUGGAAAGACCUCCUGAGCAGAGCAAAGAAAGACCAGUCCUCAAAAAAUAACAUCCAACUGGCGGGGGUACUCCCCCUUAGACAUCAGUUUCUAGUGACAUAAUUGUGGAUGUAUUUGGAGAGGACUCACAGCUUUUACUGGUUUAGUCGGUGCAGAAAGUGGCGGUACCGACCUGGAAGAGAAUGCUGUCUCUCCAGGUCGUCCAUACAGGCAGCGAGAGUGUGAAUUGGGAAGGUGUGUAGAAACGUGCUUAGAUUUGGACUUUACAUCUGCUACUGACUAGGUGUAAGAAUUACGCCCGCUCUUAGCGAGAAGAGAGCUUAAGCCAGGAUGGCGCGACUGGCGUAACUAUUAGGUCAGACUUAGAACGCUGAGUUAAAACCUACUUAGCUUAAGACCAGUCUUAAGCCCUGUUUGUGCAACCGGCUCCUUGCCAGGCAUCUCUGACUCUGUGUAACUCAAGGCCUGAUCUAGGUGUUUGGUUCCAGUAAUGGCUCUGUGUAUACUGGUAGCCUUACUAUUGUAUAUUUAGUUGUUUUUGUCAACACUCUUCUCUAGCUCAUGCUCACCAUGCAAAAGCCUUUGCUCUUGCCUGCCAUUUGGGGAGCAAUACAUUUCCUGAAUUGAUUCUGAUUCAAAAGGUCAUAAUUUGAUAACAUUUCUGAUUUGAUAUCAAUAAGGUAGGAGUUUUAGCGAUUGGAGAGUUGCUUAAUUUAACCCAGCCAUAUUUCAGAGCCGGAGCUAUGCCUAGGUGAGCCCAACUAUAUCACUGUAGUUCCAUUUCCCCCACUAACUCUGGCUCCUUACCAGAGAGGUGACAUUGCACCUCCCUUGAACCAGAUUUUGUUGUCUGGGGUAAGCACACCCGGGCCCCAUGUUCGCCUGUUACCUGGCGAACCGGCCCCCUUGGGUUGGUGACUUUUGGAGGGUUCACUGAAUGUGACAAAUAAUAGGAUGGUAUGGGCCCUGAUGAUAAAGUAGGACCGGCCUGUUUGUUUCUACUGUUCUGAAAAGGUAUAAAGCAGCAGAUGUUACUGAAGCUGACAGAAGUGACUGCAGCACUCUGCAGCACAACAGGUAACACACACUGAAGUGGGUGGGAUGUGUUCAUGUUUCAUUUACAGAUAUAAACUGAAGGGUGAUGUGAAUGUGAAUGUUUGUCAGGUUUUUUAUAAUUUCUGCUCAGUUGUAUAAAUCUUUUCGCCUUGAAGAAUGUUAAAUUCAACUUUAUCAUAUUUCAUUCUUGGAGCUUAUGUGUAUGUAGGAACUUUGAGAUAUUUUUAUUUCAUAAUAACUGCAAUAUUAUACAUUCUAAUUGUUAUUACCAACACAUCUCUGAUUGUGGUUAUCUGUAUGAACAGAAGCUUACAUGAACCUAUGUACCUUUUUCUGUGCAGCCUGUUUGUAAAUGAACUGUAUGGUAGUACAGGGUUGUUUCCAUUCCUUCUGGUUCAGAUCCUCUCAGACAUUCACACUGUUUCUGCUCCCUUCUGUUUCCUGCAGAUUUUCUGUUUAUAUACAUAUGCAAAUGUAGAGUUUUGUAACUUAGCCGCCAUGGCUUAUGACAGAUACCUUGCUAUCUGUUAUCCUCUACAAUAUAACACUUGUAUGACAACUAACAAUGUGUUCACCUUUAUUGUGGUAAUAUGGUUAUACUCUUUUGUGAAAUGCUUAAUUACUUUAUCCUUAAACAUCCGUUUGACAAUGUGUGGAAAUGUCAUAAACAGUUUGGUUUGCAGAAACUACCUAAUUGUUAAGUUGGCGUGCUCUGACAUUCAAGUGAAUAACAUCAAUGGAUUGAUUGGUGUUGUUCUCUCCAUUUUUGUCCCUCUGCUUCCAAUCCUUUUCUCUUACAUGAAAAUCCUCAAAAUUUGUUUUUCUGGUUCCAAACAGACGAGACAAAAAGCUGUCAGCACCUGCACACCUCACCUCGCUUCACUCCUAAACUUUUCCUUUGGGUGUUUAUUUGAAAUACUUCAGAGUAGAUUUGAUAUGACCAGUGUACCCAGUGUGCUGCUUAUCAUUCUGUCACUGUAUUUUGUCAUCAUACAGCCACUUUUCAAUCCUGUCAUGUAUGGAAUGCAAAUGUCCAAAAUACGAAAUACAUGUAAAAAAUCUCUUCUGUUGUAAAAUGUUGACUUGUCACAGACAUAAGAUGUUGACAUAAAUUAGUUCAAUAUGUCAAUUAUUUUUAAUAUCUUGCAUUGAAAUGUUUGCUCAUUUUAGAAAAAAAAUUAUAAAUGUAAGCAUUCCUGACAUUGUCUUAUUGAGUGAAAAAAAUCUCAUAAUACUGUGACCUGCACUGGCAUACAGGUAAGCCCAACUAUUGUAUUUUUACAGUAGUUGUUAUUGGCAACAUUCAUUUCUAGCACAAGCUCAGCAUGCAAAAGGAGGAGUUGCGGUUUUCCCUGACAACACUAGUCCAAUGGACACGCAAACCCCCAACAACGACAACAUUAUUAUUCAUGGAGGGGCCUUACAUAUCCAGGGUGAAAAACUUGUACCCUCCGGAUGACAGUGGUGUAAAUCCGUUAGAUCUUUUAAAUCCAAAUUGAAUUGAACAAAGAUUCUAAAUAACUUGGUACCUGUCAGUGCAGCACUUGGCCUUGUUUUAAUGUUGACCAUAAGACCCAUGUACUGAACCAUCGCAGACUUCAGAUGUCAUUUGUGUAGCAGCGCAAGUUCUGAAGAGCAGACUGGCACAAGGGCUCCAAUUUUUGUUUGACGAAUAGGACACCAUAUCGUGAAAUCCACUGUUAAAAGCAUAUCAAGUUCAACGUUUUUUGUCAUAUGCAAAGUAAGGAAACAUGUUUCCCUGUACAAUGAAAUUCCUCCUUUGCCGUCCACAGAAGACACACAAACAAUGUAAAAUCUACAAUAUAUACUGCAGAUAUACAAAAUAAAACAGCCAGUAAGGUGUGAGGCUCAUGUUUCACGUGUGCAGAUGAAUAAUGUGUUUGUAAAUAAAGGCUCAUGAGAACAUAUUAUCAAUAAAGUUGUUUGGUCAUAUCAGAUUAAAUAAAUCAUCCCAUUCAUGCCUUAAUAGAAUACAAAACUGCAGACCAUGCUUGAAUGAAAUAAACAGUGAUUC